AUGGCUCCGCCUCGCUGCCUCCCGCCCCCGGCCGCAGGCCUGCGCCUGGCGCGCUCCAGCCCCCUCCGGGCCAGCCGUCGCGAGCCCGCGUCCAAGGCCGACACCGACAACACGAGCGUCACGAAUUGGGACGCAGAAGGACAAGUACUGUACCAACUGAAACAAACGGGCGGCGGGCGGCGCCCGAUGGCGGCCGCAGGGACGUGGCUCGGGACCCCAACGGUGGACAUGAGCUGGUGGCCGACAGCGUAG